UUCAGGCUGUGACUAGACUUGCAAUGGACUCACCAAUGAAGUGUAAUGACCCCUCCCCUGGGUCAUUUUCUCAGAUGUCCCAUGAAGGAUAUUCAGCUGACACUCAAGCUGUCUCAGAAGCACUAGCAAAGAACCUUAGUAACUUGACUCUCAACCCUAGUAUUCAAUUCUCUUCCCUUCCACAAAAUCGUUCACCCCAACAGCAGGACAGAGAAGAAGCACCGGAGUAUGUAGUGGGGAUGAGUUAUGGCCUGGUCUACAGGAGGAGACGCGGAGUGAGAACAAUGGCAAGUCUUAAAAGAGACCUCAAAGGACUGUUUCCAACAUGGCUGAGGAGAAGGAAUGAGGCUAUUCAAAACCGCAAGAAGAACAGGAAUGAACCUGUAUUUCAAUGUGGCUGUAGUCAUUGCCUAUCACGUCUAGGUCCUUCUUCUGGUAUUUCUGAGAAUUGUGACAUGAAAUCAUUUUAGGCAUACACCGUA